AUGGCUUUAAGAAACAAAAGGAAAUAUAAUUCAAAAAACAAGAGAGUUGGAUAUAGAAACAACAUUAAAGAGUAUUUAUAUUCAAAAGAGAAAAGAGAAAAAAAGAUUUAUAAUGAAAAAUAUGGAGAAAGUUUAGCUAUUAGAACAGGUCAAAUAUUUUCAGGAACGAAAUCAAGAUCAUAUAGUGAUAUUAUUCUAGUUGAAAGAAUUGCUAAUCAAUUAACUAAUGCUUUUGGACAACACGUUGCAAAAUAUGGAUCACUUUCGGGAUGUGAUAUGUUUUCAAUUGCCGAACAUUUUUUUGUAGGUGAGGCACUUGCUUGGGUAAAAGAAUAUUUCAAGGUAGCUAAUAGAUAUAGUCAACUUCAACAAAUAAAUAAUGUAUUAGAUCACGUUCUGCAAAAUGAUAAUAUAUAUUUCAUCGGGAAUGAGUACAGACCAGAUAUAUUUAUUGAAGAUUUUAUAGCUAGAUUCAAGCCGAUCAUACAUCCAUAUCAAAUGAUUAACAUCACGAAAACCAUCAACGAACGACGACUUUAA